AUGGAUGUUGUCCUAGUAGACUUUCAUAGCCUGGAUGAUCUGAACGGCAGCUUUGAGGAUGAGAUGGACGCCUACGCGGAUGAGACCACGGCUCUCACAAUGGACAUGCCUCCAGAGCACAGCAGCCCAGGGAGCAACGACCUUAUGCGAGCCGCUCAGCUUUCCUCUCAACCCGUAUGCUCCUGCAUUUGGGAAUCCACCUCAUCUAUGCCCAUUCCACACACACAGACACUGGGAGUACCCCAGUCCCCAAACAUGCCAACUGUAAGCAGACAAGGGCACAGUAGCUGCGCCAGUAUGAUCUCCAACUGGAAAUUACUGCUAAACAGUGAGGGCACAAAGGAGAGUGAGACAAUCUUCAGCCGGCUUGCAAAAGAAUGCUGCGAGGAUCUGUUUGUAGAUAAGAAAGGGCUGGAUGACAGAGACCAGAAGGUCAUCAUCAACAUCGCCGGCCUUCGUUUCGAGACACAGCUCAAAACUUUGGACCAGUUUCCCGAGACGCUGCUAGGGGAUCCUAUAAAGAGGAUGGACUACUUUGAUCCAAUGAGGAACGAGUACUUCUUUGAUCAUAACCGACCAAGCUUUGACGGCAUCUUGUAUUAUUACCAGUCAGGCGGUAAGAUCAGACGUCCGGCUAACGUUCCCCUGGAUGUGUUUGCAGAUGAAAUUUUGUUCUACGAGCUUGGAAUCGAGGCCAUGGAGCAGUUCAGAGAAGAUGAAGGAUUCAUAAAGGAUGUUGAGAUCCCGCUACCUAAUAAUGAUGUGUUCAGACAAUUCUGGUUGCUGUUUGAGUACCCAGAGAGCUCAAAUGCAGCCCGAGGUGUAGCACUGGUGUCGGUUUUUGUUAUUGUAAUAUCUAUUAUUAUUUUCUGCAUGGAAACACUGCCAGAAUUCAGAGAUGAAUCUGACCCAAUUGUGCCCACAGCGGUGCAGCCUUUCAACCAAUCUACAUUUCACAGUUCUGUGGCUCCAUCUGGUGUAAAGCCCACAACCUUCUCUGAUCCCUUCUUCAUCAUUGAGUCGGCCUGCAUCGCUUGGUUCUUCAUUGAGCUUUGUGUGCGAUUUUGUGUCUGUCCGAGCAAAAGGGAAUUUUUCAACAACCUCAUGAACAUCAUUGACAUCAUAUCCAUAAUCCCUUAUUUUGUUACCGUGAUUACUGAAUUGGUCACAAUGCCACAAGAGAGCUCGGGACAGAACAUGUCUUUGGCCAUUCUGCGUAUCAUCCGUCUGGUCAGGGUGUUUCGUAUAUUCAAACUCUCACGCCACUCCAAGGGGCUGCAGAUCCUGGGACAGACUCUGAAAGCCAGCAUGCGUGAGCUUGGCUUGUUAAUCUUCUUCCUCUUCAUUGGAGUCAUCCUCUUCUCCAGUGCUAUCUACUUUGCAGAGGUAGAUGAGCCGAACACACAGUUUGUUAGCAUACCUGAUGGCUUCUGGUGGGCUGUGGUUACCAUGACUACUGUAGGCUACGGGGACAUGUGUCCCAUUACCAUAGGGGGGAAGUUGGUUGGCACCUUGUGUGCCAUCGCAGGUGUGCUGACCAUUGCGUUGCCUGUUCCCGUCAUUGUUUCCAACUUCAACUACUUCUAUCACAGAGAAACGGAAGCGGAGGAAAAGUUGCCUUUGACAGAUGCUGUUGAGCAAGCCAUGAAGGCUGAUGAAGGUACCAAAGAGGGGAGCAACGCCUCAAUCAAUAAGGCCAACGGCGUCUGGCAGACCGACAAAGGGAAAUAA